CUUUUGUAUUCGUUCUUGGACCUCGGAAUCUUAUGCUGCGCAUGCUUCAGAGCGCACUGAGGAGAGGAACGGAUCCUGCCCCUGCCAUCGCCCGCACGCCAGCCGCAUUGAGAACAUCCCUGCUGCCCCGUCACUUCUCUCUGCUCUGUAGACCGCUUCAACCGCAACACUCGACUCGUCCCAAACUGGCCAAGGCUCCCAAAGCUGCAAAGCCUCUGAAAACCCCCAAGUUUUUCAAGGCCUCCAAACAAAGCAACGCAAAAGAACCAUACAAGCCACGCAAAUCCAAAGGCCCGGUACUUUCUGAAACACGAGUAACUUUCCAACUCCCCGUAUCUCCCGAAAACGCAACGGCUUCCAAAAAUCCGUCCUCUCCAAUCCACCUUCCCUUUGACAAACUCCUCGUCAUGGUCCGAGCCGCCGAUGUUGUCAGCCGCAUGGAAAUGCCGGAGGAGCUUCCGGAUUUCCCCUUGCCCCCCCUUCCGGAUAUCUAUGAUCGUGAGCUCUUACGUCAAGUCUUUACGCACACCAGCUACGUGGGAGCGAGGAAGCAAUCUGCACUGUUUGAUAAGGAGGCCUUUCAUCAUGACAAUGAGAAACUGGAACAUGUCGGGGAUGCUUUGUUAGGCUGUAUUGUGACCUGUUUGCUUCACGACUUGUAUCCGAACCUCAAUCCGGGCAACGCAACUGAAAUGAAAGCUAUCUGCGUUUGCAAUCAGACGUUAUCACAACUCUCUAGGCGCUAUAAGAUGCCAGAACGUCUCAUAACAGACGUGAAUGCUACAGAAAUUUUGAAGAACGGGACAAAAACCACAGCCAACAUCUUUGAGGCAUAUGUCGCUGGCCUCCACUACUCUUAUCUCAAACAUGGCAACACGAAAGAUGUUGACGGAGGUGACGGGCCAAAAACUCAUGGACAAGGUCUUGAACAUUUGCAAGGAUGGCUUCGACCACUCUUUGAACCGAUCGCUGAAUGGGUAUUGGGUUACAUGAAGAAGGAACAAGAACGGUUGGAAGCAGAAACAGCUGUCAAGGCUGGAUUAAUGGAUACCGACCUCGACGACUUGGCGAAUGGUGCGUCAGGAAAGCUUAACGAGCUGUUCAUCUCCAGAGGGGCGGGUAUGCCUGUGUAUACGUAUGAGCCACGGGGAGUUGAUAUGUGGAAGGCGAUUGUAAUCGCACGUAAUAGGGACGGGAAAGAGUGGCAAGGUGAAGCUACACGAACAAAGAAGAAACAGGCGGCCACGGUUGCGGCAUACAAGAUCCUAAUGCAGCUAGAAGUGGUUUGAUCAAGGUCUUCAUUCUGAGACCAUGAAGAGGACAAUCCCUUUAGAACUUCUUGGGUAUUUAAGGUCACGAUAUGGACAAGCAUAUAUCAUGAGAGAAUGGGAGUUAACGGUAUGGGAGAAAUGAUAAUAAAGGUUUUGUAAGAUAUGUAAUAUUACGCUCCAAGAUGAUCCCAAUGAGAGUGGGCCUAGACAAAGC